UGUGUGUGUGUGUGUUUGUGCACCUUCGCACUUGUGUGUGUGUGUGCGUGAGGAUGCGUUAAAGCAAACACAGACGCACAGUGCUCGACGAAGGCCACGAAGCCGUCCCAGAAGGUUCGGAAAUGAAGCAAAGCAUCUAAGCGGGAGAUGGUCCGCUGCGUAACAUCGCCCGUCACCCGCCAGUGCCGUCCAGCCCAGGCCCCAGCUCACAGACUGGCCCACUGAUGCUGAUCGGCUGCCAGAAAUCAGCUCGUGCGCAUCUCGCCUUCGCCAUCCUUUCGGUUCGGUUUCGGGCGGCAGUGAAGCAUAUUUCAUAAAUCCAACAAGUGUGUUUUCCUUUUCCGGGCUUUCCAAAAACGGUCCCGUUGGUGGUGGUGGUGGGAAAUUUUGCACGCGCGCGUUUCCUUCGUGCUGGUUGCAGAGAAGCGACACGAACCGAACGAAGAAAAAGUAACCAAGGUGCUUGGGUGGUGUUGUGAGCCAGUUCACUACACCCAAUAAGUGUACAUGUGUGUGUGUGUGAUUUUUGGUUGAUCGAUGACGAACGGAACUCUCUCGCUCAUACUCACGAGUGACACGCACAGCAUUAGUGAAAUUAUUGUGCCGCUUUAAUGCCGAUUACACCACACCCGAACAACACAAAAGCCGGCGCUUACUGUUUGCGCCAGCAUGUAUGCAAUCGCACUCCACUAAACUAGCGUACUAGGUGGCGCUCUCUAGCGGAAAGCGCUUGAAGUGCAAUGUGGAAAGAAGUGUGAUAAACAAAAAACUGUACAUGAUUCGAAACGGAUAAGCAAUACUACUGUUGAGUUGUGUAUAAAUCGAAACUAUCCCUUGGUAAAUCCACACGCCUUCUGCUGAAGCCCAGCCCGCCAUGCCGCGCUGUUACAUCGUGAAAAAGCAACAACCCCCGGCGAUGCCGGCGUACCGGAACCGAACCACGGUGGUAACCGCUACCGGUGGCUCCGGCAACCAUCAUCAGCAGCAACAUCAAACGACCACCAGACAGGUGGUGGUGGUCAAUGGUAAAUCGCUCAAGGAGCCAAGUGAACAGGGCAACCGUACCGCCACAGUCCGGUCAGCCGGCGCGGCCAGAGGCGGGGGCAGCGGUGCCGGCUUGAGUGGUAGCAGUGCCUUGGGAAAUGUUAUUGUGAAAAACGGCAAAGAGCCAACGGGCGGCAACGGUUUGGUGCUGCUGAACAGUGUCAGUGUCAUUAGUGGUGGUCCGGCCGGCAGUGGUGGAGUGUUGGAGGGCUCCAGCAAGCUGGACGGGGCCAGCGGCCGCAAGGCCGACAGUGUGGGCAGUGUUAGUUUUACGCUGGCGAACGGCCAGAGCACGGUGGGCAGCAACGGGGCCGGCAUUGUGCAGCGCAAGGAUGAUACGAGCGGCCCGGUCAGCCCGACCGAGGGCUGCGUUGCGCCGAUCUAUUACACCAACAUUUCGGAAAACAAGAGCGGAUUCACCAUACCUCUGAGCGACUUCCGGACGUUCAAAUGUGGGCCAAACAACAGCAACAGCAACACCAAUCUAAUCAACGUGAAGACCAACUCCUCCCGGCAUCUGUCGGUAAGUGCUUCCCCUAGCCAGCCGCAACCGGACACGGGCGCCACUGCACCGGGCCCGAUCGUGACGAUACGGGCGGCCGCAUCCAACGGUGGCCAGCAGCAGCCACCAGUGCUGCUCGCCUCGAUAGGCGCUAAAUCUGGCCGUAAUAAUCCUAAUUAUGGCAUCGGCAGCAGUAACGCCAAUGGGCCGAACAGCAUCACACCGUCACCGUUGCCGGGGACGACCACGGCAACGCUAAUUUAUGCCGAAACGACCCCCGUUGCGCCGAUUGUGGCGGCGGCCGCUGCAGCUCAAGUGUCCGAUAAGAGGCAAGAUAAAUCAUCGCUCGUUUCCUCGUACCACAAGUCCGUAACAGGUCGGCAACAGCCAGCCACGCUGCUGGUGCAAACUGCCGCCACGCAACACGCUCAGCAACAGCAUCGCACGGAGCAACAGUCAAGUGCUGCCGCCAUCUACCAGCCCCAUUCGCAAACACCGGCGACGGUCGCAUCCUCCACCACGACUGCGCCCGCCUGCUACGACACAACGGCGGCCAUAUUUCGCGAUCGCAGCAUAGAAGAAACGGAAGCCGCACAUGAUUUAUUGUCACUGUCCCAAAGCCUACCGCCCCUGACGGCACCGUGCGUCGUUACGAUCCUGCACCCGGGGGGCACUGGUGCGUCGAGCGAACCGCUGCCGCUGGUGGGAUCCACCAGCCCGCAGCAUCCCCCGACCAAUGGAGCACAAAAUCAUCAUCCGCCACAGCAGCCGAACGCGCCCUGCCAGGGCGGCAUCAUCAGUAUUGUGGAGGCGGCCACGGCAGCUAAUUACCAGUGUCCGCCCGGAUCGGGACCAAUCUCGAUGAUAAUACCCUGCUACGAGCUGACGACAACGAUGUCGGCUUCGGCGCACAGUGACGGUGAAAGUGCAACGACGAUAAAAACCAUCUCACCGUCCACCGCCGGCCCGCUAACGCCGCCCACGUCCGAGCACUCGUCCGACACGGAAUGUUCGGCCAGCUCCGUCUCACCCGGCACCUCCUGUUCGUCCUCCUCGAGCGUGUUCUCCUUCGUACACUCAAGUUCCUCGUCAAUCGCUUCCAAAUAUUCACCCUCACGCUCGUCCAACGGUACACCGCCGGUCCCGGAGGCUCCCCCGACCGGCCGACGGACCAGUCGCCGGCCACACCAGCAACCAUCGGCCAGCAGCUCCGUCACGUCGGUGAUUGUCAACGGUUCCGCGCUUGCCGCUGGGACGGCGCCAGUAACUCGCAAGCAUAAAUCUUCCACACCUUCCACUUCCGGUGGCACGGCGGCCAAGGUGCCCGCCGUAAGCGCCAGCGCCAAGGUGGUUGCUCCCGCGCCCGGCCAAAAGCUCUCGGGCAGUAAGACGGCCGAGCUGUACACGUACGAUGAUCUGAUAUCGAGCGACGGUCGGUCGAAAAAUCGCAAGAAAGCUUCCAAGGAAACCACUCCGGUGCAGGCCGUGGCCGCUUCACACUCCUCCAAAGCGGGCCCGCCGGCUUCUGCCGCUUCGAAAGCGGACAGUCCGGACCAAUCAACGGCAGGGGAUUGCGAUUCGUCCGGCGAGUCGGCGACCGCCUCGAACGGAACGUCCAACGGUAAGGGCAAGUACAAGUGUCCCGAGUGUGGCAAGCAGUACGCCACCUCGAGCAAUCUGUCGCGCCACAAGCAAACGCACCGCAGCCUGGACUCGCAGUCGGCCAAGAAGUGUGUAACCUGCGGCAAGGCGUACGUCUCCAUGCCCGCACUGGCAAUGCAUCUGCUUACGCACAAGCUGUCGCACAGCUGCGGCGUCUGUGGGAAGCUUUUCUCGCGGCCCUGGCUGCUCCAGGGCCACCUGCGGUCGCACACGGGCGAAAAGCCGUACGGCUGUGGUCAUUGCGGCAAGGCGUUUGCCGAUCGGUCCAACCUGCGCGCCCACAUGCAGACACACUCCACGGACAAGAACUUUGAGUGUGGCCGGUGUCACAAAACGUUCGCGCUUAAGUCGUACCUCAACAAGCAUCUGGAGUCGGCAUGCUACAAGGAUGAUGAUCCGAACGGCCCUGGACCCGGGGAGGGUGACAACUCGCCUGUCAGUGUGAUCGGUGGGCGGAAGAUCUACCACAGCAGCCAGGACAUCGAUCGGGAUGAGUACGCGAUGCGUAUGGCUAGCGGUAGGCAGAACUAUCACAACGAUGACAGUUGCUCGACGACCACGAUCGAUGUCGUGACGGCCGAUCCGGGGGAUGAGGACGACGAUGAAGAAGAUAUCGAUAUCAUUACGACGUAAUGGACGUCACCGGCAAUGCUCUGUACUCUUUGAACUGUUUCUCUUGCGACUGAUUUCGACUCCCCUUUCGCGAAAAUGUCUGCUCUUUCCUCUGAUCCAAUCAUCUCCGAAGUCUCCAAUAACAUUUUUUGCGUUCCCUUCAUAGCCCUUCACUGCCUUCCUGUCUCAUAGGCUCAAGUUGACUCACAGCAAUCAAGGCAUCAGUAGCCAAACCACCAAACCCUCUAAAUUACUGUCAUCCGUACCGCCUCGGCUCGGAAAGCUGUACCGGAAAUGUCACAAACCCGGUUUCCUACCUCAACCACCUUCCUUUCAAUAUCUUUUAGGGCCUCUUCUUCAAACUAAAAAAAAAGAA